AUGGAGGAGUCUAUAGAUUUAGGAACGGGUCGUAAUGUAGUCGUAGGUCAACUUCCUUCUACUGGUAGUACUGUUUGUCCAAAAAGACGUAAAGUUUCAGAUGCUUGGGGUCAAUUUACAACAUCUACAGAAGAUAAUGGGGAGGUGAGGGUAAAGUGUAUGAUUUGUGGUAAGUCAUAUGCACAUGGUAGUUCCAGUCAUGGGACUGAGAAUAUGAGGCGUCAUAUGGAAUGUUGUCCUAAACGUACCAUUACUAGUAGUGUAGAUCUAAUGAUGAUGGAUUGUGAUACUAAAUUGAGACAUAUGAAGAUUUCUCAAGAAAUUUAUCGUGAGAAGAUGGCAAUAGGAAUCAUAAAACAUAACUACCCAUAUUCAAUAGUGGAGCAUGAAGGAAUUAGGGAUGUCCACAUGUAUUUGAAUCAUGAAGUUAAGCAUUAUAUUAGGAACACCGCUAAGGCAGAUUGCUUAAAGAUAUAUUACAGGGAGAAGGAAAAGAUUAAGCUUGUUUUAGAGAGGGUUUCAGGUAGAAUAUGCUUGACUUAUGAUAUUUGGAGUUCUUGUACUACUGAUGGGUAUAUUUCUUUAACGGCUCACUAUGUUGAUGAGAACUGGGAGUUACAAAGUAGAAUUCUGAAUUUUUGCCAUAUUCCUCCUCCACACUCAGGGGCUCUUUUGUCAGACAUAGUGUAUGAUUUCUUAAAAGAUUGGGGGAUUGAAAAGAAAGUCUUCUCUCUUACAUUAGACAAUGCAAUCCAAGAAAGGUUAAAGAUGAGUAGCGUGGCUUUGCAUAAAAUUCGUGAAAGUGUGAAAUAUGUUAAAGGAAGUGAGGCUAAAAGAAUCAAGUUUGGAGAACUUGUUCAAAAAAUUGGUGUGAUAAGCUCAAAAGGAUCGUGA